CCCCGUGGAGGGCGCGCGCCAGAGCCACGGGCAGCCGUUAGAGGCGGGGCCUGCAGCCGCCCGCGCGCGGCUCGCGCCCUCCCCUUUGUGUCGCCAUGGCGGCGGCAUCGGCGACGAGGACAAGGAGCGAGGGGUCCAGCGCGGCUGGCGCCUGAGGAGGCUACGCGGCUAUGGUGGCUCGCAGCACUGACAGCCUGGAUGGCCCAGGGGAGGGCUCGGUGCAGCCCCUGCCCCCUGCUGGGGGACCCAGUGUGAAGGGGAAGCCUGGGAAGAGGCUCUCGGCUCCUCGAGGUCCCUUUCCCCGGCUGGCAGACUGUGCCCAUUUCCACUACGAGAAUGUUGACUUCGGCCACAUUCAGCUCCUGCUGUCUCCAGAGCGUGACGGUCCAAACGUCUCUGGAGAGAAUGAACUGGUGUUCGGGGUGCAGGUGACCUGUCAGGGCCGUUCCUGGCCAGUUCUCCGCAGUUACGAUGACUUCCGUUCCUUGGAUGCCCACCUCCACCGAUGCAUAUUUGACCGGAGGUUUUCCUGCCUCCCAGAGCUUCCUCCACCCCCAGAGGGCGCCAGGGCUGCCCAGAUGCUGGCGCCGCUGCUGCUGCAGUACCUGGAAACCCUGUCAGGGCUGGUGGACAGUAACCUCAACUGUGGGCCGGUGCUUACCUGGAUGGAGCUGGACAACCACGGCCGGCGACUGCUCCUCAGUGAAGAGGCCUCACUCAAUAUCCCCGCAGUGGCCGCUGCCCAUGUGGUAAAGCGGUACACGGCCCAGGCACCUGACGAGCUGUCCUUCGAGGUGGGGGACAUUGUCUCUGUGAUUGACAUGCCGCCCACGGAGGAUCGGAGCUGGUGGCGGGGCAAGCGGGGCUUCCAGGUCGGUUUCUUCCCCAGUGAGUGUGUGGAACUAUUCACGGAGCGGCCGGGUCCAGGACUAAAGGGGGAUGCCGACGGUCCCCCAUGUGGUGUCCUGGCUUCCCAGGGUGUUUCCUCUCUGACCUCAGCGGUGCCCCGGCCGCGGGGGAAGCUGGCUGGCCUCCUCCGCACCUUCAUGCGCUCCCGCCCUUCCCGGCAGCGUCUGCGGCAGCGGGGCAUUCUGCGGCAGAGGGUAUUUGGCUGUGACCUGGGAGAACACCUCAGCAACUCAGGCCAGGACGUGCCCCAGGUGCUGCGCUGCUGUUCUGAGUUUAUUGAAGCCCACGGGGUGGUGGAUGGAAUCUAUCGACUCUCGGGUGUGUCAUCCAACAUCCAGAGGCUACGGCAUGAGUUCGACAGUGAGAGGAUCCCUGAACUGUCUGGCCCCGCCUUCCUGCAGGACAUCCACAGCGUGUCCUCCCUCUGCAAGCUCUACUUCCGAGAGCUGCCCAACCCCUUACUCACUUACCAGCUCUACGGGAAGUUCAGUGAGGCCAUGUCGGUGCCAGGCGAGGAGGAGCGCCUGGUGAGGGUUCACGAUGUCAUCCAGCAGUUGCCCCCACCGCACUACCGGACCCUGGAGUACCUGCUGAGGCACUUGGCCCGCAUGGCGAGACACAGUGCCAACACCAGCAUGCACGCCCGCAACCUGGCCAUCGUUUGGGCACCUAACCUGCUACGGUCCAUGGAGCUGGAGUCAGUGGGGCUAGGGGGUGCAGCAGCCUUCCGGGAGGUGCGGGUACAGUCGGUGGUGGUGGAAUUCCUGCUCACCCAUGUGGACGUCCUGUUCAGCGACACCUUCACAUCUGCUGGCCUCGACCCUGCAGGCCGCUGCCUCCUUCCCAGGCCCAAGUCCCUUGCGGGCAGUGGCCCCUCGACUCGCCUGCUAACACUAGAGGAAGCCCAGGCUCGGACCCAGGGUCGGCUGGGGACACCCACCGAGCCCACAACUUCCAAGGCCCCAACUUCACCUGUGGAAAGGAGGAAAGGGGAGAGAGGCGAGAAACAGCGGAAGCCUGGAGGUAGCAGCUGGAAGACCUUCUUUGCACUGGGCCGAGGCCCCAGCAUCCCCCGAAAGAAGCCUCUGCCCUGGCUAGGGGGCACCCGGGCCCGACCGCAGCCUUCAGGCUGCCGACCUGACACUGUCACACUGAGGUCUGCCAAGAGUGAGGAGUCUCUGUCAUCGCAGGCCAGUGGGGCUGGCCUCCAGCGUCUGCACAGGCUACGGCGACCCCACUCCAGCAGUGACGCUUUUCCCGUGGGCCCCGCACCCGCGGGCUCCUGCGAGAGCCUGUCAUCAUCCGAGUCCACCGAGUCCUCCUCCGAGUCGUCCUCCUCCUCUUCCUCCGAGUCCUCUGCAGCUGGGCUGGGAGCACUCUCUGGCUCCCCUUCACACCGAACCUCGGCCUGGCUAGACGACGGUGACGAGCUGGACUUUAGCCCACCCCGCUGCCUGGAGGGGCUCCGGGGGCUUGACUUUGAUCCCCUUACCUUUCGAUGCAGCAGCCCCACCCCUGGGGACCCGGCACCUCCCGCCAGCCCGGCCCCCCCAGCCCCCGCCUCUGCCUUUCCACCCAGGGCAACCCCCCAGGCCCUCUCUCCCCGGGGCCCCACCAGCCCUGCCUCACCCGCUGCCCUGGACAUCUCGGAGCCCCUGUCUGUGUCAGUGCCACCUGCUGUCCUGGAGCUGCUGGGGGCUGGAGGAACACCCGCCUCGGCCACCCCAACACCAGCCCUCAGCCCCAGCCCGGGCCUGCGCCCCCACCUCAUCCCCUUGCUGCUGCGUGGAGCUGAGGCCCAGCUGAGUGACACCUGCCAACAAGAGAUCUGCAGCAAGUUGGCAUUGCCUGGUCCCCGGGGAGCCCAAGGCCAGCAUGGUGCUGGUAUGGAUUCACCGCUGCUGCCCCCUCCCCUGUCCCUCCUGCGCCCGGGGGGGGCCCCACCCCCGCCUCCCAAAAAUCCAGCACGCCUCAUGGCCCUGGCCCUGGCUGAGCGGGCUCAGCAGGUGGCCCAGAGACAGAGCCAGCAGGAGCAGGGGAGCACCCCGUCUGCUCCUCAGUCCCCUUUCCGCCGUUCACUGUCCCUGGAGGUUGGCAGUGAGCCCCCAGGGACCUCAGGGAGUGGGCCACCCCCCCACCCCCUAGCCCACCCAGGUGGCUGGGCUCCGGGACCCCCACCCUCCUUACCAAGGCAACAAAGUGAUGGGAGCCUGGUGAGGAGCCAGCGGCCCACAGGGACCUCAAGGAGGGCACCCCGAGGCCCUUCCCAGGUCAGUGCCCAGCUCAGGAUGGGUGGGGGGUGCGGGGCUGCGCCAGAGAUGGCAGCCCAGUUCCUGUGUUCUGUCCCCCAGCAGGUUCCCACCCCUGGCUUCUUCUCAGCCCCCCGGGAGUGCCUGCCACCUUUCCUCGGGGUCCCCAAACCAGGCUUGUACCCCCUCGGCUCCCCAUCCUUCCAGCCCAGCUCCCCGGCCCCAGUCUGGAGGAGCCCCCUGGUUCCCCCUGCACCACUGGACAGAGGAGAGAACCUGUACUAUGAGAUCGAGGCGGGUGAGGGGUCCCCCUACUCUGGCCCCACUCGCUCCUGGAGUCCCUUGCGCUCCAUGCCCCCAGACAGGCUGAAUGCCUCGUACGGCAUGCUUGGCCAAUCCCCACCACUCCAUAGGUCCCCCGACUUCCUGCUCAGUUACCCACCACCCUCCUGUUUUCCCCAUGACCACCUUGGCUACUCAGCCCCCCAGCACUCGGCCCGGCGCCCCACCCGACCUGAACCCCUCUAUGUCAACCUAGCCCUGGGGCCCAGGGGCCCCUCACCCGCUUCUUCCAGCUCCUCCUCUCCUGCCCACCCUCGCAGUCGCUCUGAUCCUGGCCCCCCAGCCCCCCGCCUCCCCCAAAAGCAGCGGGCCCCCUGGGGCCGCCACACCCCUCACAGGGUGCCUGGGCCCUGGGGCCCUCCAGACCCUCUCCCCUACAGGGCAGCCCCACCAGCCUAUGGGAGAGGGGGCGAGCACCACCGAGGGUCCCUGUACAGGAAUGGGGGGCAAGGGAGGGAGGGGGCUGGUCCCCCACCCCCCUACCCUACUCCCAGCUGGUCCUUCCACCCUGAGAGCCAGACCCAAAGCUACUGCUGAGCCAGAGCUGGGAGGGACCCUCCUUCUUUCUCUUCCCCUCUCACUGAUCUUGGUCCAACCUGAUCCCUUGUUUUAUAUUUUCCUGAGCUUCUGACCCCUACCCCAGGUUUCUAACUUUGUAACUUGCCUUUGAUGUGGGUCCCUAACCCGUUAUCAUAGCCUACCUACCCUGGACUGACGGGCAUGCCUGCCCUCCACCAUCCUCCAUCCUGGGGCCUCUCGCACAAAUCUGAGAGGGUUAGGCUGACUCCUUACCCUCCCUUUCCCUCCAGGGGUCCCCAGCAUGUCCUGUCCUGUGCACGGGGGUGGGGGACUGCUCCUGCUAUCUCCCCACACACACCCCACUAAACCAUCUGACAAAAUUAAUGAAUAAAAAUGGUGAAAAUGUG